AUGUACACUGUAUUAGAUCCCACCAAACGCGAAGUCCGCCUCCUCAGACUACUCGCCGGUAACGAGGCGGACGGUAUUCAUUGCGAACUUCACGCGACGUCCUUAGACAGCCCAGACGAGUACGAAGCCCUUUCAUAUGUGUGGGGCAGCGCGAGCGACACACGACCCAUUACACUUCAACAGACGGCCAAGAAUGUCACUAUGAAUCUAGAGGCGGCGCUGCGCCAUCUUCGAUAUCCUGACCGAGCACGCAUGCUCUGGGUGGACGUUCUCUGCAUCGAUCAGGAGAAUGUCCAGGAGCGUAAUCAGCAAGUACGAUGGAUGAGUGACAUUUACUCAACGGCAACCCAAGUCGUGGUUUGGCUCGGUCCAGCGACUUCGGUGGGAUUCAAAGCUAUAGCUACUAUCCAAAAGUAUGCCGCCGACAGCGAGUUGCACUGGCCAGAUCUAAAGCACGAUCUCGUUCAGUUGUUUCAGAUGUAUCAUUUUCUCCACAACGAAUGGUGGUCGCGGGUUUGGACGGUCCAAGAGGCUGUUCUUGCGAGACAACUGACAUACCAGUACGGCCCUCGGCUGCUAUCGGAGUCCGACGUGCUCAAAGCAGCAGCAAGCUACAGGAAUCAUACAUCCGUAAGACGUUGCUGCUAUUCCUGUCUCGAAAGGAACAAAUCACUCAUCACCACCACUGCCAACAUCACUGUUGGAAUGGAAGGGCUGUUAGACUUGGUCAACGUUCGAGCCAACCUACAAAAAGAGAAAUUGCGCUUCGACGAAGUGAUUUCCAAAUUUCGCACCAGGAGAGCAACGGACCCUUGCGACAAAGUCUUUGGGCUAUUGGGAAUAUCGCGAGGCGUCAGAACGGCUUCGAUCGAUUACGCCCUCACUGCUGCUCAUGUCUUUGAGGAGACGACGCGGGAGAUCAUGAGCUACUGCACGAAUCUGGAUAUUCUCAGCCACUGCGCAAAUCAGGCGUAUCGGAAGACAACAACCGCCGGGCUUCCCUCAUGGGUUCCAGAUUGGGGGGCUGAAUACUGUCCAAACGACGGCGGCCUCUCCGGUGAUUUCUAUCUGACCACCCAUCGCCUUGCUUUUCUGGACGUCUACAACGUCUGCGGGAGGCUUAACUAUACUCCCUGUGCCGAAUUUGAAGAGAGCAUUCUCUGCGUACAAGGGGUGGUUUGCGAUAGGAUUGAGAGAGUCGGACGAUCUGAAAGAGUUCUCAUGACUGAAACGGGCCCGGAAUACCUAUUUGCGUGGUGGGAGAUGUUGGACAUCGACGGGAACCCCGGUCGACCAUACCGUGGACGAGGUACCAUAUCAGACGCAUUUUGGCGCACGAUAUGUCUCGAUAUCGGGGUCAACGGACUACUAGAUUACAACGGCUUAGAGGCAAAGCAGGCUGGCUACAACCACGAGAGAAUGUUUAUGAGGCACUGGGACAGUGAACUCACCUCUUCCCACCGUCUUCCCCAGCUAGACAUCUUCCGCAACUCUACAACUAAAGAGGCCUUGAUCCAACAUUUGAUGAGGGCGUCUGGCAGGCGUCAAUUUUUCAUCUCUACCGAGGGCUUCAUUGGGCUAGGCCCGCCCGAUAUCAAGGUCGGAGACAAAAUUUGCGUUUUCGCCGGCGGUAAAAUGCCCUUCAUUGUCCGGGACAUGGACGACGAGACACAGGGUGGUGGUAGGCCCGAGGCGGGAACCCAUUUACGCCUGCUGGGCGAUGCCUAUGUCCAUGGCUUGAUGUACGGGCAGGGUGUGAAAAGAGUUGAGCAGGGAGUUGAGGAGUUGAAAGUGUUCAAUCUGCACUGA